UGCCUUGGUGAGACAACAUUUCUUGUUCAAGUAAUGUUGACAACUUUGCCAGUUCCUUCUGUCGACGUCACGUUCGGGAAGAGCUCGGAAUUUGUCUCAGGAACAAAUUGCUAUUGGGGGAAAAUAAAAUACUAUUGGGAACUACGGGAAGUAUUGCAGAGUUUGAGGCUUUAUUCAGGCUGAAACUGCAUUGAAGUACAGUACUCCGGAUGCAACGCUUUUUCUUCUCUGUGCACCUUCAAUCAACAUCUGCAAAUACCCAAUUUAUUUAAUACCCGUUUCUCCAAGCAACAACUGUGAAGUAUGGAUCGCAUUAAUUUAAAAUUUGUAUGAUCUCACUACGAGCUGUGCAAAGUUCUGCUGCAAGAUGGGAGGCGGUGUGUAAUAACUGGACAAAGGCCACUCUGCCGACACAUAGAGCCGCAUUAAUUACCAAGGGCCUCUUAUUGGAUUUGGCCACUUGGAUCUGCACGUCCUCUCGAGACCUGUGAGCUGUCUGGCCUCCACAUUCUCAUGCCAUGUGUUCGAUUGCGAUGUGUAUCGGUGUCUCGAGAGUUUUGGCUCCUUUGUUUGCCACUUUGGUCCUGUGGAGUGCGUCCGCCACAGCCUCGGAUCACCAGUCCUGUGGCAGGGAAGUGCACACAGACAUGACCGUGGAUAUCCUAUUGGCCUUGAGAGCAGGGAUGAAGAUCAAGGAGCCAUUCUACUCUUCCUCUGAGAAUGACUGCAUCACUUCCUGCUGUUCGAAAGAAGUUGAAAAAGGUUACAAGUGCAACUUGAUGGUGUUUGACAGGAACAAGAAGCUAAAACACCCAAACUGCUAUUUACUUCACUGUCCAAGUGACAAAUUCUGUCCUCUGAAGCACUCUAUAGGAAUGGACAGCUUCAGAAUCCAAGAAGAUUUGACUCCAGAGACAGCAGAGAAUUCAAGAAGCUCUGCUAGGAAUGUAUCCUCCGUCGCAAAAGUAAAAGCUAAAUCUGUAACUCCUACUAGUUCAAGGGCUGCUAACAGGAAACAACCCACAACUACUGCAGCAACUAAAAGGCCAUUUACUACAAAAACUACAAAAACAAAUACCAAAACCACUACAAAACUAAUAAAUACAGCCACUACAAAACCAAAAACAACCACUACAAAACCAACAACUAGAGUCACAACAACGUCAACAACUAGAGUCACUACAAAAAUAACAACUACAACCACUAAAAAACCAACACCUAGAGCCACUACAAAACCAAGAACUACAACCACCACAAAACCAACACCUACAACCACUACAAAACCAACAACUACAACCACUACAAAACCAACACCUAGAGCCACUACAAAACCAAGAACUACAACCACCACAAAAACAAAAACCAGGCCAACAACAAAGUCACAUAUUACUACUACAACAACUACAACCACUACAAAGCCAACACCUAGAGCCACUACAAAACCAAGAACUACAACCACCACAAAACCAACAACUAGGGCCACGACAAAGUCAACAACUACAGCCACUACAAAACCAACAACUACAACCACUACAAAGCCAACACCUAGAGCCACUACAAAACCAAGAACUACAACCACCAAAAAACCAACAACUAGGGCCAUGACAAAGUCAACAACUACAGCUACUACAAAACCAACAACUACAACCACCACAAAGCCAACAGCUAGAGCUACAACAAAACUUACAACAAGACCUAUUAUAAAACCAACAACAACUUUGAAAAGGAUAAUCAAAACAAAUAAAAAACCAAUCGCCACAACUACUACAAAAUCAAAUAAAAAAUCUAAACCAACCUCUAAAAACAAUGAAGCCAUAAAAGUAAUAACCAUAAUAAAACCAGCAACUGGAUCACCCACACAAAGCGAUGCUUCAAAACAUUUCACCAUAUCUGCUUUCUUGGCAUCUGAUUCUUUGGAAAAAGGAGCUGGAGCACACAUAUUGGAUCCACAGGGAACACUCCAGCUCACCCCAAUUGUCAUUCUGGUGGCCGGGGUUCUGCAACUGACUCUUGUUUUAUCACUGCUGGGUCAGAUGGUCCUCCAAUCAAAGUCCAGUCAAAGACCUUACAUAAGGCUGGAUUUACAGGAUUUGUACAGUGUCUCAUGGACCACAUAAAAUGGUGGAUUCCAUGUAGAAAGGGGAGAGAUUCAUAACGGAAUAAAACGUAUAUGUACAAAGUAAAAAGUAUAUUAAGUUCAUUAAACAAUGUAGGUCAACCCUGUGUCUUUGGGUUCCUUUCAGAAAUCUGCCCACUUCUAUUCUUUAGCAAACAAGGCUACUGCGAUUAUCCAACCCCAUAGAGAAUCAACAACAAUCUGUUCAGUACACAUUGAUUUUUUUUCAAGAAGGAAAACAUCCUUAUUUUGAAUAAAGAAAGAAUUUCUGUGAAAUCCAUAUUCGUUAAUCUUAGGGUCUCUGUAUAUUUAAUAAAUGUGCGUGUUUUUUU